AGUAGGCAGAAAGGGGUCAGACAAGCCUUGGAGAAGGCGCGGUCUGGAGCUCUGAGCUCAGGUCAAAAGUAGGGCAAGGUUAACCGCCCUGAGAGAAGGCUGCAGUUGAACAGGAAAACAGGUGGCAAGAGUCCUGGCCCCUCGACAGGACAAGAGACACCUUUGAAGCAAUCAAGUGCUUUAGUGUUGGGGACAGAAUCCAAGGCCCAAGUUGUAAAUGCCAGGCAAACAGUCAGAAGACAGACUAAUGGAAGUGGCAGCUGUGGAGGAUGGUGGUGAUGAAGGCCUGGGAGGCCUAACGGUAGAGGAGCUGCAGCAGGGACAGGAGGCCGCUCUGGCCUUGGAGGAUAUGAUGGCUCUGAGUGCCCAGACCCUGGUUCGAACUGAGGUGGAAGAGCUGUACGAGGAAGUGCGUCCCCUGGGCCAGGGCAGGUUCGGCCAUGUCCUGUUGGUUACUCACCGCCAGAAAGGAACACCCCUGGCGCUGAAGCAGCUCCCGAAGCAAUCCACCUCCCUCCGUAGCUUCCUGUAUGAGUUCUGCGUGGGCCUCUCACUUGGCACGCAUUCGGCCAUCGUGGCAGCCUAUGGCAUUGGCAUUGAGUCAGCCAAUUCCUACAGCUUCCUGACAGAACCUGUUCUCCAUGGGGACCUCAUCACCUUCAUCCAGCCUAAGGUGGGUCUCCCACAGCCAGCAGCCCAGCGCUGUGCAGCCCAACUGGCCUCUGCCCUGGAGCACAUUCACUCCCAUGGCCUGGUGUACCGGGACUUGAAGCCAGAGAAUGUGCUGGUGUGUGACCCAGCCUGCCAGCGUGUCAAGCUGACAGACUUUGGCCACACACGGCCCCGAGGGACCCUACUCCGACUUACUGGGCCACCUAUCCCUUACACUGCCCCUGAGCUCUGUGCCCCACCACCCCUCCCCGAGGGACUACCCAUCCAACCUUCCCUGGAUGCUUGGGCUCUGGGGGUCCUGAUCUUCUGCCUUCUUACUGGCUACUUCCCCUGGGACCAGCCCCUGGUGGAGGUUGAUCCUUUCUUUGAGGACUUUCUCAUCUGGCAGGCUUCUGGCCAGCCCCAAGACCGGCCACAGCCGUGGUAUAGCCUGUCACCUGCAGCAGACACUCUCCUAUGGGGGCUGCUAGAUCCUCACCCCCGGAAGCGGACCCCUGUGAGCUCCAUCGAGAGCUAUCUAGGCCAACCCUGGAAGCAGAGGGAGGGGGAAGCUGAGGAAUUGGCAAAGGAGCUGAGAGAAGAUGGGUGGAGAGGAGGACAGGAGGCUGCAGAGGGGAAGCAACCCGCAUGCUGAGAUCUGCUUAGCCUGAGCUACCUGGCUGUGGCCGCGUCUCUGUCUUUGAUCUAUCUUAUACCUGUCCUGUGUGUUGUCUGUGCCCCUCCUUUAUGCUGUGUGUAUUUGUGAAUGUGUGCAUGUGUGUUUAAGUAUGCAUGCAUAUAUGUGUGUGUGUGUAUGCACAUAUAUGUGUUUGUGUGUGUAUGUGUGCAUGCAUGUGUGUAUGUAUGCAUGUAUAUACAUGAAUCUAUUACACCAUAUGUGUGUAUAUGGUGUGUGUGUGUGUGUGUGUGUGUGUGUGUGUGUGUGUGUAAAGCUGUGUGUAAAUCAAAGGACUUUUAGGAGUCAGCUCUUUCCUUCCACUUUGGAGCCCAGCCAUGGAACUGAAUUCUUGUAAGCCUUCAAGUGCCUUUAGCUACAGGAGCCAUCAUGUUGGCUCUGGUCUAUAUAACUCUGGAUCCUCCUGCCUCAGUUUCCUGAGUCCUGGAAUAGCAGGCAUGCUCCAUGCUCGGCUGUCCAGCAUAGCUCUGCACCACCCCACCCACCUCAGCCAGCCUUCCCGACAAACCCAGGCAUAAUGGCCACCUGCUGUGAACCUCACAAUCCUAGGGCUCUCUGUACUAUAUGUUUCUUCUAUUUACUUCCAUGAUGUGUCCUUCACUAACUGUUUGCUUAUUUUCUGAGCUCCCAAAGGGUGGGUUUUGGCCCCUGAAGAUCUGACCCUACAUCUCUGUGCGAUUCCCGGCCUGCAGCAGCAGCCAAAUGAGUAGACGCAUCUGGUCACCAUUGCUCCCACCACGUGGGCCUCUCACACUCUUUGUCACUGUCCUCCUGGCUCUCUCAUUCCAUCUUCUCUCAUGUGGCUUCACUCCACUCAAAUCUGCUCUGAUUCUUGUUGCUCCUGCAGGCUGGGACACCACCCUCUGAGUGAGGUAUGCUUACCCCAGCUGCUCUCUGCAAAUAAAGUUCCCCUGGCAACUGAA